UCCUCCGCCGCUCCUUUAGAGCGAGACGCGCAGGCUGCGGGACGCACACUGCGGGGAGAUGAACCGCGCUGCUCCUCUGCGGGACGCCACGCACCGUGCGGGAUCAUGCUUCCUCCUGCGGGUCUCGAGUGAAAGAGAAAGCCCCCCCUGGAUCUAGACCUGCUGCCCCCCCUCCGGAGCCGCUUCCAGCUCUUCUCACCUCCUCGAGGCGGAUUUCACUCUUUCUGCGUGUUUCCGGGAUUAUUCCCGCAGGGAGGAGGAGGAAUGCUGCUUUUAUUCCCGAUCCUGGUGGCCGUGUUGUCAGGUGGGCCGGCGGAGCCGUUCCGAGUGGGCGUGGCGCCGCGCUGCGAGAGCCGGGCGUGCAACCCCCGCAUGGGGAACCUGGCCCUGGGCCGGCGGGUCCUGACGCAGACCGUGUGCGGGAACAACGCCACCGAGCUCUACUGCUCCUACGCCGACCCCGACGCCAACCGGGCCUGCGGCGAGGCCCAGUGCGCCAAGUGCAACGCCGCCCUGCCGCCGCUGUCCCACCUGGCCGACGCCAUGUCCGACUCCUCCUUCCGGCACCCCAACACGUGGUGGCAGUCGGCCGAGGGGGCGGAGUCCGAGACGGUGCAGCUGGACCUGGAGACCGAGUUCUACUUCACGCACCUCAUCAUGGUGUUCCGCUCGCCGAGGCCCGCCGCCAUGACCCUGGAGCGCUCGCAGGACUUCGGCCGGUCCUGGAAGAUGCUGCAGUACUUUGCCGGGAACUGCAGCGCCGCCUUCGGGCUGGAGGAGGGAAGGGCGGGCCGCGACGGCGCCGUCUGCACCUCCAAGUACUCCGGCGCCUUUCCCUGCAGGCGUGGAGAGGUGAUCUACCGAACCCUCCCGAAGUGGGAGUCUCUGGACCCGUUCGGGGCCGAGGGCCAGCAGCAGCUGAGGGUCACCAACAUCCGGAUCCGGCUGCUGGAGCGCCAGGCGUGUCCCUGCCAGGCCAAAGACCGCGCCCCCCCAGAGGAGGAGGAGGAGGAGGAGGGGCGGGGCCGGCCCACCCGCCACUUCGCCGUCUACGACCUGAUCGUGAAGGGCAGCUGCUUCUGUAACGGCCACGCCGAGCAGUGCGUCCCCUCGCCGGGCUACCGGCCCCUCAGGGACCGCACCCACCACCUGGUCCAUGGGAAGUGUGUGUGCAGACACAACACCGCAGGUGAUCACUGCGAGCGCUGCGCGCCGCUCUACAACGACCGGCCCUGGCAGCCCGCCGACGGACUGACGGGCGCUCCGCACGAAUGCCGCAAGUGUAAGUGCAACGGACACGCCCACAGCUGCCGAUUCGACUGGACGGCGUGGCGCGAGUCCGGCCAGCGCAGCGGAGGCGUGUGCGACUGUCUGCACAACACCGAGGGUCGGCAGUGCGAGAGGUGCAAGGCGGGCUUCUACAGAGACCCCGAGAGGCCGGCGACCGCCCCCGACUCCUGCAGACCAUGCAGCUGUCACCCGCUGGGCUCCAUGCCCUUCCACGCGGCCGGCGGCUCGCCCUGCGACCCCGCCGGCGGACACUGCAUCUGCAAGCCGGGCGUGGGCGGCGCCCAGUGCGACAGGUGCAUGGUGGGAUACUGGGGCUUUCACGAGUACGGCUGCCGCCCGUGCGACUGCGCCGGAGACUGCGACCCGUUCACCGGGGACUGCCUCUUCAGUUCUGAUCUGGACGUCUACAGCCUGGAGGGAAACUCCAGCGAGCCGGUCCGCAUCUUCAGAGCCGACGAACACUUCUCCGCUCUGCACUACUUAGAGAAGUGUGAGUGCAAAGAGCAACCUCUGACCAACAGUAAACUCUUCUGCACCAUGAAUUACGCAUACGUCCUGAAGGUGAGGGUGCUGUCGGCCCACGACAAAGGCUCCCACGCCGAGGUGGAGGUCAAAGUUCAGAAGGUGCUCAGUCAGAACACCAAAGUGAAGAUCCAGCGAGGGCGGGUCACUCUUUACCCCGAGUCCUGGACGGCGCGGGGAUGCACCUGCCCCAUCCUCAACCCAGGGCUGGAGUACCUGGUGGCGGGCCACUCGGACCGGAAGCAGGGCCGCCUGCUGGUCAACAUGAAGAGCCUGGUCAAGCCGUGGAAGGCCAGCCUGGGCCGCAAAGUCCUGACGCUCCUCCGGAAAGACUGCAACUGGUAGACGGGGGACGGGGUUUGCUUUCUGCCGGCCUCCUGGCGUGGAGGCGUGGCGGCGGGACCGAGACGAUGGAGGCGCCGUGCGGUUCUCUGCUCGGCGAGCUGCCGUCUGGAGGAGGACUCAUAAUCCUCACGCAGGACUCAGGCGCUUCCCUUUGCUGUCGCAACUCCAGAAUCAACUGUGUGUGUCUGAAUGAGCCCCGGACUCUUUGAAAGAUGCACACACAAAAAAAAAAACACAAAAAAAAAAGAAGAGUGUGUCCUCUGCUGCACUUUAGCCUGAGACGGACUAAGGAAACACGGA